AUAUAUAUACUAUGUUUCAUUAAAACAUUUUUCAGUAAAUUGCAUUUUUUCAUAUGAGUGACAUUCAUAAUUUGUGCCAUUUUUAUAUCUGGUAGGUAAUUGGUGGACUCACCUCCUUCAUGAAAACAGCAGCAAAAUUCAAACGAAGACCUCACAUAUGUGUGUCUGACCUGGUCACUUACAUCAGGGACAUGGCUUUAGUAUUCACAGGAAAAGGCCAACAGAAGAGGAUGCAUAACCAUGCUAACAGUAAUAAUUUGUACCUGGAGGAGUUUGAGGAUAUUGUUGAUGAGCUGUUGUUGCGGCUCGAUGUGAUAACUGAUACUGAUGUCCCUGAUGAUCAAGAAGACAAUGACAAUCAGAGCUGCUGCAGUUCUGCACAUUACAGCUCAGAGGAUGUUGAUUUGGAGAACACUGUGGGAAUGAGGAAAAACUCCUGUGUGUACAGUGCCUCCUCAUACAUGCAUGAAGAAGACGGAGAAAGUAGGCUCAGGUCACCGCUGGAAAGGAAAACUCUCCAGCCUGUUGGAGGAAACAGAGGAACGAUCCAUGGCAGAUCCAUUUUCACCGGCCAGAAGAUCCAUACAAGCAUCACAACCACACCUGUGAAGAAGUCAAAAGACUUACAGACUUUCCUGUGCAGUGAUCACUCAAUUAGUGUUCAAAUGAAUGAAUGCAGUGAAACACUGAGCUCAAACAGAGCUAAACACUUUAGUCUGACCUGGGAGAACAAGGUUAAGAAUGUCUGUACUAAAUCCUGGAGCACACAAGCAGAUCUAACUCCAGUUUUAAACUCUUCUAAUAUCAGUAGAACCAGUCUAUCAUCUCACACAAAGGCCUUUAACCAGUUGUGUAUAAGUGAAUCACCUGUAGAAAACACAGAGACAUAUUGUGAAUUACAAACAGUACAUAUUCCAGGUCAGUGUUGCUAAGGGGAUGUUUGUUAAUCCACAAUGGACAUAUUCAAGUGAUAUUCAAUAUUUAUCUCAAAUUAAACCAUAAUUUUCAAUCUUGAUCUUGGAGGCACUGUGCCCUGCACAUUUUUGCUUUCCCUUCCAAAACAUGCGAUUCAACCAACCGGCUUAUUAACAAGUUUGAGUGUCAGGGCGGUGUUAAAUGUUAUAAAGUAGGAAAAACACUAAAAUGUGCAUUGGACUCCAGGACUAGGAUUUAAACAGUGCCUCGUUUCAUUAUACAUAUAAAGUAAAAUAUAAAAUAUUUGUAUGUAGUGUAAUAUUAUGUGUCAUGUUUUCACUGCUGUCCCAUGAAAAAAUAUAUAAAAAUAUUUACAAAAGUGCUGAGGGGUGUACUCACUUUUGUGAUGUACUGUAUUCAAGGAUUCAGGGAGACUGUGUCGUACUUAAGAGCAGUAUGUUCAAAUUAGGUAAAGAAUACUAAAAGUGCA